UCCGUCUUAGUCCGCUGUGAAUAGGACACAUUAGAAUUCCAAACUGAUCUAGUUCAAUAUGAGAUCGUUCUAUAUUGAACUACAUUCCAAUUUUUACUCCGACAUAUAUUUUUUUAUCUCUAUAGGGCAAUGGGUAUAUUUAUACAAGCAAGAACAGUGCUUGAGUUGAAAAUAAUCUUUUAUUGGUUGUUUGAAUUUGUUUUUGUUCUAUAUCAAUAAAAGGAAUAUUGACGAAAGAUAAAUAUCUUGACCAAUCUAUGAUUAUGUGAUGCUUGAGAAAGAGAUUGAUCAAGGUCAAACAUUGAGCGAUCAAGGAAAAGAAAAAGAGAAGGAGAAAAAGAGAGUAGAUGAUAUAUAUAAAAACAGCGUAAAUUUAUUCAUUCAUUCAUUCAUUCAGAGAAGAAACUGAGCAAAAUGCAGCACUAUCUCACUUUCAUGAUCUUUAGCAUGUGCUAUUUAUUUAUUAAUGCACAAACAAGCAAUACUACAGUGGUUGUUGCAACUACUACUACUACUACUGUGAAACCUGUUGUGGUUGUUGCAACUACUCCUGCUGUUAAACCUGCUGAAGUUGUGGCAACUACUACUGCUGUUAAACCUGUUGAAGUUGUGGCAACUACUGUAGUUGUUAAACCUGUUGAGGUUGUCGAAACUUCUACUGUUAUGAAAGUUUCACAUGCGGUGGAAAUAACAGAUGGACCUACUACUAUGAAAUGGAUGGACACAGAUGACACUACUGCUCCAGUAAUUGCAUAUACAGGAUUAACACCAGGUUUUGGACAUAGACCACAUGCAUAUCGAUAUAUUGGACCAUAUGUUGAACCACCACCACAUCCACUUGGCUAUUGUAUCCGUGGUGUUUUACGUUGUUCCAGAAUGAUUCCUUGUUGCAACGGACGAUGUAAUGUUACUAGAAUGCAUUGCCCAGAAAAUCAAAAUGUACAAUCUUAA